CCAACAUAGCUUUCAAGGGAGAAGGAGUUGUGUAAAUAAUUGUUACGUAUUUUCUUUAAAAAUAUGUUUUCCUUUUCUUUUAGUCAAAUUAUCUCAAAAUCCAAGUUCAGUCGGCGUUGGCGUCGAUGGAACCGAUUCAAUAGAAGAAGAUGCAGAGCUGCUGUCAAAUCUGUUUCGUUUUAUUGGUUAGUUAUUGUACUGGUCUUCCUGAACACAUUAACUAUCUCAUCUGAGCAUUACAACCAGCCUGAUUGGUUGACACAAAUACAAGAUAUUGCUAACAAAGUUCUUCUGGCUUUAUUCACCUGUGAAAUGUUGGUAAAAAUGUACAGUUUGGGCCUGCAGUCAUACUUUGUAUCCCUAUUUAAUCGUUUUGACUGCUUCGUGGUAUGUGGCGGCAUUGUUGAAACCAUCUUGGUGGAGUUGGAAAUUAUGUCACCCCUUGGAAUUUCAGUGUUCCGCUGUGUCCGUCUCCUCCGUAUUUUUAAAGUAACCAGGCACUGGACAUCCCUGAGCAACUUGGUAGCAUCCUUGUUAAACUCAAUGAAGUCCAUUGCUUCACUGUUGCUUCUGCUUUUCCUCUUCAUCAUAAUCUUCUCAUUGCUUGGAAUGCAGCUGUUUGGAGGCAAAUUUAAUUUUGAUGAAACUCAAACAAAACGGAGCACCUUCGAUAAUUUCCCACAAGCUCUUUUAACUGUAUUCCAGAUUCUAACAGGUGAAGACUGGAAUGCUGUAAUGUAUGAUGGUAUUAUGGCCUAUGGAGGCCCAUCAUCAUCAGGAAUGGUAGUCUGCAUAUACUUCAUUAUCCUCUUCAUCUGUGGUAACUAUAUCUUGCUGAAUGUCUUCUUGGCCAUUGCGGUGGAUAACCUGGCAGAUGCUGAAAGUCUGAACACUGCUCAGAAAGAAGAAGCAGAGGAAAAGGAAAGGAAAAAGACUGCCAGAAAAGAGAGUUUGGAUACUAAAAAGGGGGACAAACCAGAAGGUGAACAAAAGAAGGGCAAGGAUGCUAAGGUUACCAUAAAUGAAUACGGAGAAGGGGAAGAUGAAGACAAAGAUCCCUACCCAGCCUGCGAUGUUCCAGUAGGUGAAGAGGAAGAGGAAGAGGAAGAACCUGAAGUGCCAGCUGGCCCCCGACCCCGAAGAAUAUCUGAACUGAAUAUGAAGGAAAAGAUGACACCAAUUCCUGAAGGAAGCUCCUUCUUUAUUUUCAGCAAUACAAACCCGAUUCGAGUGGGAUGUCACAGGCUGAUCAACCACCACAUUUUCACCAACCUCAUCCUUGUCUUCAUCAUGCUUAGCAGUGCUUCCCUUGCAGCAGAAGAUCCAAUUCGCAGUCAUUCUUUUCGCAACAACGUAAGAAAAAACAGACUCCCCAAAAGAGUUGCAUGCUACAUCGUCUUUAAAAUGGUCCCUUCAGAAUGGGAGCAAACCAUGAAUAUAAUAGAUCGGUACAUAAGUGUAGCUUUUUGAAAUUAAGCAGCAUGUGGGUAUUUUCUUAAGAUUCAACAGGAUGUUGGAACCAACUUGGAGAUUACAAAAAUAGUGCAGAGAUUUGUUGUGGUUGGAGCCUGGAAUCAUAGAGUAGCCUCAGUUGUUGUUUUUGUUUUUACAGUGAAGGGGUCUUCAUAAGCUCAGUUACAACACUAAUAAUAUUCAGGAUGUAGAAAUUCCUAGUUGGGUGUUGGAAAUGUUCUUUGUUUGAAACCCUGCAGACCCGCUGCUGGUCAGCAUGAAACAGCAUUGAGCUAGAUGGACCAGUAUUGAGCUAGAUGGCAGUAGUACAUGAUGUGGUGUGGUAGUGGCGCUCACCUGACCUCCUGACAGCUGAGCCCUGUUGCUUCCAGGGAAGGAAAGGGAUG